AUAAUUAUAAUUUCUUAAUUCAUAAACAAUGGAAACUGUAAAUUUUGAAUCAGAACAUGAAAUGAUACACGACUAAGUCGAUGAAAGUCUUGUCUAAAACUUUGGCCGAAAAGGGGAAGUAACCGUGAAUGAGUCAUUAUAAAGAAAGAAGGAAGACAUCAACGACAAGAUAUAGUUCGAUGAAUCUUGCAUGAGUUUGAACGCUAGUUCUUCUACUGACUCCGAUAGUCUCUCGGAAACAAAACCUCUAAUGGAGACUCAUGUCGAUGUCAACCGGAGGCAGUAUGAAGAUAUAAGAUCUAAUGACAGAGCAACACGAGAGUCUGCGCAGGCUGAAGAAAACCAUGACAGAGAAGUGAGUACACAGUCAAGAGGGAAUAGAACGUCGGCCCAGAGACGGCCUGCUCGGUCAGAGGAAGAGGAGGAGGAUGAUACCCUGCUGUACGGUGCUAAACAUGUCAUCAUGUUAUUUGUUCCCGUCUCUCUCUGUAUGGCAGUCGUGGUCGCCACCAUCAGCUCUGUGACAUUCUACACAGAAAAAGGAGGCUAUCUAGUGUACACACCUUUUCAUGAUGGAGACAAAGCAGAUGCUGAUACAGGCACAAAAGUCUGGCAGUCGGUGGCUAAUGCUUUGAUCCUGUUGGGAGUCAUCUGUGUAAUGACUAUUGUCCUUCUGUUACUGUAUAAAUUCAGGUGUUAUAAGGUGAUUCAUGGCUGGCUGAUUGCAUCAUCACUAAUGUUAUUGUUCUUAUUUUCCUACAUCUAUUUGGGGGUGGUGCUACAAGCCUACAAUGUGGCCAUGGAUUACAUAACCGUGGCUCUCCUGAUGUGGAACUUUGGGGUGGUGGGGAUGAUUUGUAUUCACUGGAAGGGACCACUCUUUCUUCAGCAGGCUUACCUGAUCGUCAUAUCGGCCCUGAUGGCCCUCGUCUUCAUCAAGUACUUACCAGACUGGACAACAUGGGUGGUGCUGGGGGUCAUGGUCAUCUGGGAUCUAGUGGCUGUGCUCUGUCCAAAGGGACCUCUGAGGAUAUUAGUGGAAACAGCCCAAGAGAGAAAUGAACCAAUAUUUCCCGCACUUAUUUACUCUUCCACCAUGAUUUGGUCUGUUGUUGGAAUGGCAGAUGAUGGAUCAGAUAAAAAGAAGAAAAAGAAGAAGAAAUCCAAAAAGAAACAGGCAGCUACAGCUGAACCGGACCGGGUGGAGGAGGAUUUAGACGGCGGAUUCCUGGAGGAGCGGCCCACCAGACAGCUGUCCCAGAGCACCGAAGAAACAGCUAGGGCUGUGAGGGCCGCUAGAGUUUUAGGAGAUACAGAGAAUGGGCAGCGAACAAAUUCAUCAAGAAACCCGACCAGAGAAGAGGAAGAGGAGGAGGAGGAAGAAGAAAGGGGAGUGAAGCUUGGUCUGGGGGACUUUAUAUUUUAUGGUGUGCUCGUGGGUAAGGCCUCCUCCAAUGGGGACUGGAACACCACACUUGCCUGCUUCGUGGCCAUUCUUAUAGGUUUGUGUUUCACUCUCCUACUUUUGGCCAUCUUCAGGAAGGCGUUACCGGCUCUACCCAUCUCCAUAACUUUUGGACUGAUUUUUAAUUUCACCACAAGCCUUUUGGUCCAGCCCUUCGCCGACCGUUUGUCAGCCUCACAGGUUUACAUAUGAGACCAGCCUAAGGCAGGAAGAAAUAGACAGUCCUCAGUUUCACGUCUCCAUACACUCAUAAUGAGACAUGAUUUAUGUUGUCUUUUUAAAUGUGAUUUGUGUUUUGUAUCUCUGUGUUAUCCAAAAAAGACAUUUUUGACAGGUGUACAUGUAUAUAUUAUUCUUAACGAUGUACAAGGCAUUUCUCAGGAAAAAAAGUGAGGUGUCCUAUAACUUUAUCACUAAUCAUUGAAUAUUCAUUAUUUUAAAAGUAUAUUUUCCAAAAAUUGAAAUUUCAGUCUGUGCUUCAUUGUUUCCAGAUUAAUACAAUUGUUCAUUCUUUAUUUGAUGUGCGGAAGAACAUCGAUGAUUUGGAAUAAAUAUUCUUGGUUUUAUCAA